UUACAGAAAGUUGAACACUUAGCAUAAAUACAGGACAAAUUUAACACAUCAAAAUGCCGAAGAACUUCAAUAACCAAAAAUACUCUUUAAUAAAGAGUGACUGCCUAAAGAAAAAUGAACUUUUCGAGGAUCAUGAAUUUCCAGCCAAAAGUAAAUCUCUGUUUUUCAGCAGGGUUGAAAACGACAUAGUAUGGAAACGACCAGGGGAACUUUGUAUGGCACCAAAACUAGUUGUUGAUUGUGCGAAUACAGAUUAUCUACACCAAGGAGAAUUAGGGAACCCGUGGUUUGUCACUGCGUGUGCUAGUCUUACCAAAGAGAGGACACUUUUCAACACAGUAGUACCAGAUCUCAAGAACCAGGAAUGGAAAUAUGAGGAGAAAUCGAAACCAACCUAUGCUGGUAUAUUCAAAUUCCAUUUAUGGAGGUAUGGUGAAUGGAAGAAAGUUGUCGUUGAUGACAGAUUACCGACAAAAAAUGGAAGACUUGUAUUCUGCCAUUCCAACUCAGGAAAUGAAUUCUGGGGCGCUUUGUUGGAGAAAGCGUAUGCCAAAUUGUACGGUGAUUACGAGACUAUGGGAUAUGGCCGAGCAUCUGAUUCUUUGGUUGAUUUUACCGGUGGCGUUGCCGAGAAACUGGUGUUGGCAAACUUUGAGCCAAAUGAUCCAAACAGUCAGCGUGACCUAUUUAAAAAACUUAAAGAUGCUAUGGACGACAGAGCACUACUUAACUGCAAUAUCGAUUGUAAAAAAGGGGACAUUGACAGAACAACAAACCAUGGUCUAAUUCUAGGUCACGGUUACAAUAUCACUAAAGUCGUAGACGUUGACAUAAGCAGUAAAACAGGACAUGGAACAAUGUUUAUGAUCCGCCUAAGUAAUCCAUGGGGCACUCAAAAAUGGUCCGGACCUUGGGCUGAACACACACCGGAAUGGAAGUCGUUAAGCUAUGACGAAAGGUUAAAAAUGCGUCAUGAAAAUGAAAGAGAAUUCUGGAUGAGCCUAAAUGACGUCAUCAGCAAUUUUACCAGCCUUGAUAUAUUACACUUUGUGAACACCUCCAUCUUCUCUCCGAAGAAAAGAUGGCAAGAAAGUGUGUUCCACGGAAAAUGGGAUGCCGAGGAUGGAACAAAUGGUGGCAGCGACUGGAAUUCCAGAACCUUCCUGAGUAAUCCGCAGUAUGUGUUUGAUAUAACGGCAGUAAACGAUGAGAUCAUGGUUUCCCUGGAACAGCAUGAUAUCAACGAAUCUCGACGACAUCGUGGUAUUAAACUCGACGAGAUUGGAUUUCAAGUGAUGAAGGUGGAAGAAAAUCGGAAAUACAGAAUUCAUAUCAAUGGAGAUCAGACGUUUAAGUCCGAUUAUGUAAGGUCACGAAGUGUGUUUGGGUCCGUCGAGUUGAAGAAAGGACACUACGUGCUUUUCCCGACGACGAAAGACGCAGGGGACACCGGAUCAUUUAUGAUGCGACUCUACACGCCAAACUCGGCAUUCUAG